UUUGGGGUUUUGGUGGAGCGUGCGGAUGUGGAAAGAAAAUGGCUGCCUCCUACGAGGAUCUAAUUAAUUUUGAAGGAUCAUCAGGCCCUUUAGUGCGAGGAAGGGUACGGGAGAGAGGGAGGGGGGUUGUGAGGCAGACCCCUGGGCUGAUUAGAAUUCACUGCAGGUAGGCGCUGGCUGCUGCUCACCCACUGUGUCACGGCUAAAACGGAAUCACUGUUGGUGAGUGGCAGUCUGGGCAAGUGAAGCCUGCCUCCCUUGGCCCGCUCCCUUUUGUUGGCGCCAUUCACCUCAACCUACCCCUGAGGCAGGUGGAUUUCCAUGUCUGCAUGGGCGAGGAUGGAGGGCGAGAAAGGCAGAUAUAUGUACAGUGUGUUUGCACUGCCUAACCGUAGCGCCCGUGGCAACAGGCUUGCCUGACAAAUAAUAUUUACCAUGGUGAUGGCAAAUAGAGUUUUGGCACAUGCAUGGUUGUUAUUCCGUUUUAAAGCAGUUUUUCUGUUGGUUUUUCAUCUGACUGAGUCUAAUCGAAAUAUCCAGUGACACAAGUUAGCUGAGAACACAAGUUGCACUUUUUUUUUUAGUUUCCAGCAUUUCGUUUGCGAGCUAUUUCAAGACAUUAGUAAGGGGACUUUUAAACCGAGCUGGCUAAUUGUCGAAAUUCAUUCUGCUCAAAUAUGUCCUUUUCAAGUCACCAUUGUCAGUUCCCACUCAGACCUUUGAAUACUGCAAGUGUUAUUGUAACCUUCCAGACCCUAGUCUUUUUGUGGCCCUUACCAAGAUUUUGUGUGUGGGCCCCGUUUUCAUCUUUGAUAUUACUCGCUAUCGGGCUGAUUGCAGCCUUGUGAGUAUUGUAAUCGGGCUUUGAAGUUUGCGGCUUGCAAAGGUGACUAUGUGGGUGUUACUUCAUGUCUGGAGGGCUUUCUUAAUGUUAUAAACGGUAGACUGUUUUUAAUGCUUUAGCUAUGAAAAUAUUCAAUUUUUAAAUAAUAAUACCUUCUUUACGGAAAUUACUUUACCACGGUUGGACCCAGAACCAAUUAACAGCGUCUAUACUGUAUAUUACUCUUGGCGACCAGAAGUGGAUUUGGCUAUGGGAAGUUGAGUGUGUGCAUAAGACACAAUCAACACAAAUGCAGUUCAAGUACGUUUAUAAUUAGAUAUUAAGAAAUUAUGUGUUAUCUAUAUUUUACGAGUUAUAUAAAGAUUUGUAAUCUCAGGGCAUUCAAUCGAUCGCAACUGGAGUUGUUUGGUUUGUCUUAGAAGAUGAUUAAGCUUCAUCAGUUUGUGCUCAUAGACUUAUAUUGGUCAGAUUGAUCUGGAACCAAUGUUGGCUCACUGCUGAAUAGAAGUUUAGCAGAGUCAAAGUACAAUUGUAUCCAUGAGGCAGUUCAGUCCAUCAAAAUAGAACAAGCAAACACCUGCAGAGCACAACCACUACGUUGAUGAUCAGCUACUGAAGUGACCUGUUGCCAUAAUCAUUUGGCCCCCACUAGUGGUUGUGGCUUAUGCCUGUUCCAGACUGGAUUGUAUGGUUAGAACGCCCAAGUCCAGGACUUCUGCUUUCAGGCUGUGGUGUUUGGCUCCUCAGGGUUUUGUACUUGACCCAGUUUUCUUUAACAUUUGCGUGCUGCCACUGGGAAAUCUCUUUAAAGUUUCCGUUUUAAUGCAGAUGAUACCCAAAUUACUCAGUUUGGAUGACAAACUGCCCCAAGGACAUUAAUUGCAUACAGUGAUGGCCUAAAUUACCCUCAAUCGCCUCCCCCCCAAAAAAGACAUUGCUCAUUGUUGGGUCAAUCGUCCAUACAAUGUCCGCUGUAAUAAAAAUGUAAAAACAAUUCUGUCAACCCCCCAAAAAAAGCUCAAUUUAUACUUUUCAUCACGCCUAUAUUAUUCCAACUCCCUUCCACCUAUCUUCAGUUAAAAGAUUCUAUUGUCAGUACAAUUAACCCAAAACGAAGCCGCCAGGGUUUUAAUGGGUACUUGAAAAAGAGCAAAUUACACCUUUGCUUUCAGCACUGCACCGGUUGUCUAUUCAUUUUACAAUUAUUUUACAUUUCCGCUUAUUAUCUUAAACCUGCUGAAAUGUGCAUCACAAAGUUAUAUAUUUAUGACCUAUUUUUCUUUUUGCCUAUUCUCUAUCUCUAAUGUAUGUCCAAAGGUGGUUCUUCUCAUUAUCAAGUGAUCAACCAGCUCCAAUUAACACACCAUUAUUACGUGAAAAAAUAUACAUUAAAAAAAUAGCAAAAAAAAAUACAUCAACUACUUUUUCAGGGUUUUAGUCACAGUGUUUGGCACACAUUCUAAAAAUGACAAAGGUAUUUGACACGCUUAUGACUGGCUCAGUACAGAGGUCAUAUGAGUUAAGCUGGAUACUUUCCAUCUGCGGGUUUUAACUGGUUUCAAAGCGAGGAUGGUGUGUCGAGAAGGGCAGACUUCUCUUGCUUUUGCCGGCGUUAAUCAGAAAAUUGAAAAAGCAGUAUAAUUUAUUGUGAGUAAAUUUGACAGAGAGAAAGAAAUUUUACACUGGUUCAAAUGUUUUUCCCACUCUAGUAUAGUAGGAUGUGUGACCUGAAAUGACACCAUUUCACUCCAUGUGGUCUGCCUUUUUUUUUUUCUUUUUUCUUUUUGACACGGCUUUUGUGUCCAAACUUCAGCAGACGACCGUGCACGUACAGUUUAAUAGCUCCUGUUUAAAAAAGCUUGUCUUAGAAUCACCAAAAGCAGCCGAUCACAUGCUUGACGGCACUGAAUGCCCGUGGUUGUGUUUUGCAAUGAAUGUCUUGUGUGUUUAAUAUAUUUUUUAAAUUGUAUUACAACAUGUAAGAACCGCGGGACGUCUUUGUGUUGUUUGAGCUUUUGGAGACGACACACAAAAAAAAGAAAAAGCGCACACACACUCAUACACACACACACACACACACACACACACACACACACACACACACACACAGAGUGCAUUAAUUCAUGUAGAAUCAAGAUAAUUUUUUAUAAGGGUGUGGUUUUGUUGCCCGGUGACUCAGAUAACUGUUGAGAGAAGAGCAUUUUUCCCGAUACCAAUAUAUGUUUUGUUCUGGAAUUGCACACAGGACCGUCCAUUUUUUUGGGGCUUUAAGCUGGCGUGGAAAACUCUUCACACAUCUGUUGCAGCAUGUCGGAGAGCAACACAUGAUUUGGGAAGAGAAGAGGACUGACAGCCUUGCCUAGCGCCCGGCCUCCGCUAAGCCAUCUCCUGACGCUUGACCCGCACUUUAUCACCAGCCACACUAGCAUCUCGGAAACACAGCGUCAUCUAACUGUCACAUCAGUUGCAAGGGGAUGACCGAGCGCAUUCAUAACAUCAAUCUCCACAACUUCAGCAAUUCUGUACUUGAGACCCUCAAUGAGCAGCGCAACCGUGGGCACUUCUGUGAUGUGACCGUCCGGAUCCAUGGAAGUAUGCUGCGAGCUCACCGCUGCGUGCUGGCCGCUGGAAGCCCCUUCUUUCAGGACAAGCUGCUUUUGGGCUACAGCGACAUUGAGAUCCCCUCUGUGGUCUCGGUGCAAUCCAUCCAAAAGUUGAUUGACUUUAUGUACAGCGGGAUUCUGCGAGUGUCUCAGUCAGAGGCCCUGCAGAUCUUAACCGCUGCCAGCAUCUUGCAGAUCAAGACCGUCAUCGAUGAGUGUACCCGAAUCGUGUCGCAGAAUGUGGGCCUGGCCGGCCCAGGAGGCUUCCCCGUUAUACCGGGAGACUCUGGUCAGGACACCCCCCGUGGCACGCCGGAGUCUGGCACCUCCGGGCCCAGCAGCGAUGCCGAGUCGGGCUGUAUGCAAGGCACAACCCAGCAGAACAUGGAUCGGCCGUACACGUCUCUCUACUCCUACACCGGCAUCUCCAACGGUACCCGCGACCGCCCCCAUUACAUCAACCCCAUGGCGACAAAUUACGACCCGAGUGUCGGCGCUCAGAAGGACCAGCAGUCGCAGGAUCCCCCCUGGAUGAACCGUAUCCAGGACAGAACCCAGCCGGUGGACCGCUUCAUCUCCACGGCCGAGUCCACCACUCACUGCCGCAAGCAACCCCGCCCGGUGCGCCUGCAAACAGGCGGGAUGCACAUCAAGCAGGAGGCCGACGACGAGUACAGCUGCUACAACAACACAGGCGACUGCCAGGAUGAGACCGAGCACGCUGAGAGCGAGUCCAAAGUGGAGAGUUUCGACUCAGGGGUCAGCUCCUCCAUCAGUACCGAGCCAGAUGCCAUGGAGCAGCAGCCCUACCUGAGUGGCUUUAACCGGGAGGGGCCGGGCGAAGGCCACCAAGGGAAUUUGGGUCCGGUGCAUAUUGAGGUUAACGACUCGUCCCCGGAGCAAUCGCAAGAGCCCGAUGAGGGCCACGGCGGCCACAGCACUAGUGACAGUAGCAUGAUGCACCCACUGCCCAACCCCAUCAUGUCCCACUCCCUGUCCAGCACGCCGCAUUACCUGCGGCCGGUCGAGACGCACACCAGCAAUCUGAGGAUGCCGCACGCCAUGACCAGCAAUUCCCAAUUGAUCGGCGGCGUCGGGAGCACCUUCUUGCCCACACUCUUCCCCCCGCAGCCGGCCAGAGACAACAAGUCUUUCCUUUACCUUUCCGGCCAACAGCAGGCCCAGUUUGUAACGGUGCCCACCGCCAUGUCAUCGUUCCCCAACGCCAUGGCUGUUCCGCCGGGGUCCGCCCAGUCGCAGCAGUCCGCCGGAGCAAUGAGUCAGGGGGAGAAGAAGCCCUAUGCAUGCACCCUCUGCUGUAAAACCUUUACUGCAAAACAGAACUACGUCAAACACAUGUUUGUGCAUACCGGAGAGAAGCCCCACCAGUGCAGCAUCUGCUGGCGCUCGUUCUCCCUGAAGGAUUACUUAAUCAAACACAUGGUGACGCACACGGGGGUGCGGGCCUACCAGUGCAGCAUCUGCAACAAGCGCUUCACCCAGAAGAGCUCUCUCAACGUCCACAUGCGGCUGCACCGUGGCGAGAAAUCCUACGAGUGCCCUAUCUGCAAGAAGAAGUUCUCCCACAAAACCCUGCUGGAGCGCCACAUGGCCCUGCACAGCACGGGCAGCGCCAUCACGGGGCUGGCCGACGCAAUCACCGGGCUGGCCGGCGUCACCUGCCCCCCUUGCCCGGUCUCCAUUCCCAUCACUCUACCCAUGACCGUCCCCGAGCCCGGCGCCGGGGUGGUGGCCCUCGCCAUGCCCGUAAGCGGCGGUGCGGGAGAUGUGUCCGUGGUGGGGCCGGGAGUGGGCGUGGCCGCGGAGGCGAGCUGCCAAGAAGGGACCACCUACAUGUGUUCCGUCUGCCCCGUCAAGUUCGAGCAAAUGGAGCACUUCAACGACCACAUGCGAAUGCAUGUCUCUGACGGAUAAGUACAACUAGACACACUUCUCCAAAAGAAUGACAAACAAAAUGGCACUAGAUUUUCCUUUUCUUGUUUUGAGGUAUGAAGAGUAAUGAGUAUAGACACUGGCACAUUAAGUUUCCCAAAAAAAAAAAAAAAUUCUUUUUUGUUAUUUUAAAUAAACAAAAAGAUGGUGGCCUUAAGGCUUAGUAGUUUGAUAUUGAUCUACUGGAUGGAUCCUAACUACAGGCCUCUAAAUGUAUGAUUUCCUAAAAAUACUGAUUUAUGUGUUGAACACUACCGAAAGGCCUACGAAAGAAACACAUACACACAAACACACUUUUAGUGUAGAGCUGUGUGAGCGCAUACACGUGUGCAUUGUGUGUGGAUCUGCAUGUGUCCCAGUGUGUGCGUGCGUGUGUGUAUGUGUGUGUGAGUGAGAGAUGCCAUUAAAAAUGGCACUUGUGAACCCAUACUGACCAGUUUGGAAACGAUAUAGAUGUCCAAACGUACUGUGGUUUAAUUUGCAACAACAAUAACAACAAAAAUCAUCUGGGGUGGGUCUUGCAUAUUCCCUCUAAAAUACUGACCGCCGCACGAUUGCCUUCUAAAGACAAUUAAAAAAAAGGAGAGUAGUAAAUUUGUGACUGGGUUUUAUUUAUUCCUGUGGUAUUAAGGGAUUUUAAAGCAGCUUUUGAUGAGGUACAAAUUUCACUUCCUGAUUUGCUAUGUUUUGUAACAGUUGCAUUUUGGACGGUUUAGUUUCCUAAAUUAGGCGGUUGUUGUUGUUGGUGAGACAUGCAAAAAAACGAAACAAAAAAACAAAUCUAAAGUGAUUAGCAAACACUGCCACUAAUCUCCUAAAAGACUGUUAAGGCUGCUCCAAUCACAAAAGACAAAUCUGUUUUUCUUUUUUGGAUAUUUUUUUCUUCUCCAGCCUGUUUCCAUUCACAGUUAGAGCAGUAACUAAACCCUCUCCAUUAUUUUUCUUCUGCUCCUCCACUUACAUCCGACUGUUAUGGGCUGUAGAAUUAAAAAAAAAAAAAAAAAAUAUUUGUCUCCCCAACUAUUGUUGUUAUUGAUUAGUCUACAUGGUUUCUUGUUUUCUGCUUCAAUUAUGGAUUUGGGGCUUUAGGCUGGCUGUUGAUUAGAACAGUGUUAAAGAGAGGGAGAAAUUCAAUUUGUUUUGAAAAUAAUUGCCAUCACGAAUGCAGACUAGAACCUGUUUGGGACUUUUUGUUUUAGUGAUGGGAGCUAAAUGCAAUCGCUCUCAGCCUGCAACAUUAUGAAAGGAAACAACAGAGUAGCACCAGUAGCUCUCCCACUUAUUUAUAUUUAUAUUUAUAUAUAUAUAUAUAU